GAUUAAGGCGAUUGAAAGUGCGACCAAAGAGGACGACACUAAGUGGCUCACGUACUGGGUGGUGUACGGACUCUUCAGCGUGGCCGAGUUCUUCGCUGACAUCUUCCUCUCCUGGUUCCCCUUCUACUAUAUUGGAAAGUGUGCCUUCCUCGUGUGGUGCAUGGCUCCCACUCCCUCCAACGGAUCGGAUAAGAUUUACAACCGCAUCAUCCGGCCGUUUUUCCUCAAGAACGAAGGCAAGAUCGACGACGCCAUGAAGAACAUCAAGGACAAGGCGACAGAAGCUGCCGACAAGUUCAAAGAUGAGGCAAAGAAAGCCACAGCGAACAUCAUGUUCGAGGAGAAGAAAAGCUCGUAAGGAGGAGACGUGGCGUCUGCAGUGAGGUCCUCUGGAGCCGAUUCUGUUACAGAUCUAAUGUUGCCUUUAAUGCUCGUUUUUAAGAUCGUAUGUUCAGUACGUGUAGCCUUUCACCUGUAUCUAUAUUAAAGCCAUUCUCCGGGUCAGUUCACUUAUUUAAGGUCGCCCUCUGGAGGGCUGAGAGAUAUCUGUACGCUGGUCCUGAGACACUUCAUGAACCAAAUAAAAACUAACUGGCUGAA